AUGUUCAGCUCCACACGGCUGCUGCUGAGACAGCGGCCACGCUUUGCAUCGCCCGCCUUGCGCUCGUCGUCAUCAUCCACGCCGCGGCCCCUCUCGACUGGUGUUGGGCGACAGGCCGCGUUCGCAGUCGGCGUGGCGGGACUUUCGCUUGGCGCAGCAGCGUACUACACCAACAAGGACACUCUCGACAGGCAGGCCGAAGCCGGAUACUUCUCCUGGCGGAGACUCGCCUCUUCCUCGACCGGCGGAUUGCAACCCUCGCUCGCCAAACAACGAUGGGAUGAGGUCUAUGCGGACGUUUCCAGAUGGAUGCAGACCGUGGGACAGGAAAACCGACUCGCCGUCAUCCUCGCGCAGAACUGGCUCGAGAUGAGCGAGGCGAAACGGACGGCGGCGGGCCUGAUUGGCGUCUUUGGCGGAGUCUGGCUCGCGUGGAGGCUGCCACGGCGACUAGGACUCGGCAAAUGGCUGGCGCACGAUGCGCUGAGCGGGAAGAGCGUCACCAUGCUCACCAGCACUUUCUCUCACCGGACUAUUCCCCAUCUCGCCUUCAACUCGAUCGCCCUCUUCUCCUUCACCACCGCCGCCUUCGGAACCUUCAACUUCUCCGAACUCAUGUCCACAGAAUCUCUCCCUCGCUCGACAUCUCGCUAUGAAUUCCUCGCCUUCUUCGUAACGACAGGCCUCGUCGCAUCGCUCGCUUCGCACGCCUGGUUCGCCCGCCGAGUCGCAGGUCGGCUCCUGGCGCAGGGCGUCCCAUCGUCGCAAGUUCGCCAAAUGGUCCUCCCAUCGCUCGGCGCAUCCGGCGCAGUCUACGCCAUCGUCUCUCUUUCGGCACUCUCCUUCCCGAGCACCUCCGUCUCGCUCAUCUUCCUCCCCUUCUUCCCCAUCCCUAUCGGUCUCGCCACUUCCGCCCUUCUCCUCGUCGAUCUCGUUGGCCUAAUUCGCGGCUGGGCGUACCUCGACCAUGCGGCCCAUCUGGCUGGCGCGCUAGCAGGCGGAGCGUACUGGCUCUUCGGGCACGAGGCGUUCGAGGCGUUGAGGCGGUUGAUGUGGGACGGACAGAAGAAGGAGAAGGAACGCGAGGUUGCGGAACGGAAGAAGUCAGGCCAGGGAAGGUGGAUAUCUCUCUAG